GUUGCCAGCGUGGAGCACGGCUAUGGCUCCCAGGUCGCCAGCGUUAAGCACAGCUAUGGGGCCCAGGUCGCCAGCGUGGAUCACGGCUAUGACGCCCACGUAGCUACCGCUGACGCAGGUCGCCAGCAUGGAGCAUGGCUAUGGCGCCUGGUAAGUACCGCUGUCGCAGGUCGCCAGCGUGGAACACGGCUAUGGUGCCAAGUCGCCAGCGUGGAGCACGACUAUGGCGCCCAGGUCGCCAGCGUGGAGCACGGCUAUGGCGCCCAGGUCACCAGCGUGGAGCACGACUAUGGCGCCCAGGUCACCAGCAUGGAGCAUGGCUAUGGCGCCCGGGUCACCAGCGUGGAGCACGGCUACGGCGCCCAGGUCGCCAGUGUGGAGCACGGCAAUGGCGCCGAGAUCGCCAGCAUGGAUUACGGCUAUGGCAUCCAGGUUGCCAGAGUGGAGCACGGCUAUGGCGCCCAGGUCGCCAGCGUUAAGCACAGCUAUGGCGCCCAGAUCGCCAGCGUGGAGCACGGCUAUGGCGCCCACGUAGCUACCGCAGACGCAGGUCGCCAGCAUGGAGCAUGGCUAUGGCGCCUGGUAAGUACCGCUGUUGCAGGUAUGGCUUCAGCCCAUCUUGUUGUUGUUGUUGUUGUUGUUGUUGUUGUUGUUUAUGUUGUUGUGCAGGUCGCCAGCGUGGAACACGGCUAUGGUUCCCAGGUCACCAGCGUGGAGCACGGCUAUGGCGCACAGGUCGCCAGCGUGGAGCACGGCUAUGGCGCCAAGGUAGCCAGUGUGGAGCACGGCUAUAGCGCCCCGGUAAGUACCGCUAUCACAGCGUGGAGCACGGCUAUGGCGCCCAGGUAUGGCCCGCUGACGCAGGUCGCCAGCGUGGAGCGCGGCUAUGGCGCCCAGGUCGCCAGCGUGCAGCACGGUUAUGGCGCCCAGGUCGCCAGUGUGGAGCACGACUAUGGCGCCCAGAUCACCAGCGUGGAGCACGGCUAUGGCGCCCAGGUCGCCAGCGUGGAGCACGGCUGUGGCGCCCAGAUCGCCAGCGUGGAGGACGGCUAUUCUCCCAUGUAAGUACGGCGGACACCACGUGA